AUGCGCGUGUUGUGGACUUUAUCGGCACUCGCCCUCUCAGCCCAAGCCGUCAAAACAAGUGGGUGUCCUCUUCUGGGACCAGCUUUUCCUGCCCCUACCGCUUUGUCAGAGGAUCCAACAUUUCUCAGUAAAGCUGAGGAGCUGACCUCAAAGCUCAAUGGUGCCAUUGAGGAUGGAACUCUGCCUUCCAUAUCUUUCGCAGUGCAGGUCUUCAGCAGCGAGGAGGAUGAUUCCGCCUUCGGUUUCUACCACACAGAUGAUCCAAUUAAAACAGGAUCUGUGGGGGUUCAAGAGGUAGACGAGAAUACCGUGUUCCGCAUUGGCAGCAUAUCAAAGUUGUGGACUAUGUUUCUCCUCAUGGCCUUGGGAGGAACACGGUACUUCCACGAGCCUGUUUCGAAAUACGUCCCUGAGCUGCAAACAAAGUAUAGCCCAGCACAAGAAAAGGACAAAAUUAAUUAUUUGCAAUGGCGCGAUGUGACGAUUGGCGAGCUGGCUAGCCACCAAGCUGGCCUUACAAGAGACUAUGCAUUUGGAGACCUUGGAUUCCAGUCGGACCUUCUUCAAAGCUUGGGUUUCCCUUCGCUUUCAAAAAAUGAGCAACUGACUUGUGGGAAUAAGGAUACGUGCGAUAGGGAAGAUCCCUUGACUCCGACUUCACAGACACCGAUAUACUCGAACGCGGGAUAUCAAAUUCUCGGCUAUGUAUUGGAGUCAAUCGCAAAAGCCGACUAUGAAGACAUAUUAAUAGACCGUCUUAUCAAGCCGCUCAAUUUGACUCGGUCCAGUCUUCAUGUCCCGGACCCCAGCUUCGCGGUGAUUCCCCACAAUGAGACUUUCAGUUGGUUUAAUUAUGAGUGUGGCGACGAAUCUCCUGCUGGAAACAUUUUCUCUUCAGCAAAGGAUAUGGCCACAUUCGGCCGUGCCGUUCUUUCAAGCGCCCUUGUUCACCCUGCCGAGACAAGAAGGUGGAUGAAGCCCAUAGCACACACAUCAUCCCUGCAACAUUCCGUGGGCGCCCCCUGGGAAAUCUAUACAUUUUUGACACCUCGUCGGGUUGACCUAUACACCAAGGCUGGGGAUAUUGGACUGUACUCCAGUACUAUCGCCCUUUCACCAGAUCACAAUACUGGGUUCACGGUUCUAGUCGCUGGUGGUAACUCACACGCGAUGACAUCCACCAUCGGGGAGAUGGUGGCCGAUAUUAUGCUUCCUGCACUUGACGAAGUAGCCAAAAGCCAAGCCCUUGAACGCUUUGGGGGCACAUAUGCCUUGAAAAGCGGCUCCUCCAAUUCUUCCAUUACCAUCACGGCAGAUGACGGGCCUGGUUUGGUAGUCUCAGCAUGGACGAGCAACUCGGUCGACAUGAUCGAGUCUUUGAUGACUUUGCAAGGGGUGACAGAUAGAUCUGCGAUAAGCAUUCGUCUACAGCCUAGUGGUCUUGAGGCUCCGGGGCGGAUCUCCUUCUUGGCUGUUAUUUAUAGCCUUGAUGUCUCGGAAGAUGUUGGACCCCUUGUUGGCUCCUGCUUUUCCUGGAUUCUGCUUGAUUCCAUGGUGUAUGGCAACGUUGGUCUCCCGGAGUUUGAGUUCGCGCUUGAUCAUGAUGGGGAUGCGACGAGUUUAUCCCUUCAGGCAUUGCGUGUUACUCUUGCUAGAGUUUAA